AUGAGUGACCAGAAACAGAAUCUCGCCGAGUCUGGCGACGUCAUGCCUGCCGACCUGUCCACUUUCAACAUGGCCGAUCUCGUAAAGACGCCGCACAAUGCGCGUCUCUACAAGGAAGUACAGAAGCUCAAGACGCUCAUCAACGACCUGGUAGACUACCAGCUUGCGCACCCCAGGAACCCAAAAUCGGAAUCGCGCGAGGACCGAGAGAACGAGAGAAAGGCGACGCUGGAAAUCGAGAAGAGGGAAAAGUACAUCCGCGCGCAACUGUCCAUCAUCAAGACGCUUUACAGGCAGAGCGUGCUCAAGGUGCGCGAGGAGAAGGCAAAGACAUCAGAUGAUCGGGCAGUCAAUGACGCGCUCAUUCUGGGUCUGCACAACUUGAAGUAUGAGGAGCAGUCGCUGCGCUCAGAGAUCUCUGCUGCUGAAAAUUACGAUCACAAGUAUAUGAAACUCCCCCUCAUCUCCCGCGAACAGUUCCUUAAAGAAUUUCCUGAGCACAAGGAAUCGACCGAGCACGAGCUCAUGACAGCGCGCAUCGAACACGAACACCAAGUCCGCCUCAAGCUGGAAGAGCGGCGACAGGAGAAACUCAAGCAGAAACAGAAGCUCAUUGCAGAAGUCAAGAAGGGCAAGGAUGAUCUCACUAAGCUUGAUACAAUGGUUGAGAAGUUCAUCGAGGCUGCAGAGCCCAUCAAAAAAGUGCUGGCUACAGAGUAG